AUGAACAACUCGUCCUUUUCAACACCAGUACCUGGUCUUUCCGUAUCAUGUGUACCGUCAGAACCUGUAAGCAUCCAGCUACAAGUAGCGAUGUUUACUUUACUGGUGAUUUUUUCACUUAUCGGCAAUUCUUUGGUGAUUCUGAUUGUGGCGAAGAACAAGCGCAUGCAUACAGUUACUAACGCUCUCAUAACCAAUAUGAGUGUCGCUGACAUUCUAAUAACAAUUCUUCCAAUGGUAUGGGAGAUAGUGCGGAUCAUACACUUGCCUAGAGGAAACUGGCCCUUGGGAGGGUUCAUGUGCACCUUUAUGCACAUGUGCAUAUAUCUUUCAGUAGCAUGUUCGAUCCUCAGCCUCCAGGUGAUCACGUGUGACAGAUUCCUUGCCAUUAUGUUCCCAUUCAACCGCACCAUAACGAAAAAGAUGUUGCCAUACAUACUGGUAUCCAUAUGGGUAAUUUCAGUGGCUUAUGCUUCACCAACGAUUUAUGCCAUGGAGCUGGCAGAAUUUGCUGGCGAUACCUACUGCAUUGAGAAAUGGAAUCCACCAUUUGACGCCAAAAACAGUCCAGUGCAUUACACGAUCAUCUUGUUCGUUGGAUUGUACGCCUUGCCUCUCCUAACAAUGGCAGUUAUGUAUACAGCUAUCGCCUGGAAGCUUUGGAAGCGCAUAAUUCCUGGGGAGAGCACAUCUGAGACAGAGAAACAACUUUUAAAGCAAAAGAAAAACGUUAUCAAAAUGCUCUUGGCUAUAACUUUGUCCUUCGCUAUAUGCUGGCUUCCAGUUUUUGUUAUGCAAUUCAUCAUGUUUACAAGUGAAUACUAUCAGAAAUGUUUUACUUCGUUUCCCACAUGGUUCAUCUUCUUCGCCUUCUUCAUGCAGUACCUGGGCAGUACAAUCAAUCCCUACAUUUAUUUCACUUUCAGCGGGACUUAUCGCCGCGGGCUGAAAAAUUUGGUUACUUGUUUCAAGAGAAUCGAACCAAAUAGCACGCUCGCGACAAAACGAACUGUUCACAGAAACACAAUCAAUACAUCAGGUCUAAGCACAACUAACUCUGCUCAGACGCCCAUAGUGGCUACAGCGCAAAAAACUCAAGAUGGUCUUCCGAUGACUGGGAAAGGUGAUAGUGUAAUACGGGAGGAGUCGGCGGAAAACCUGGCCUCUUCAGAUAGAAACGCAAACAUGGUAGUAUAA